AUGAUCAAGAAGCUAAUGCGAUUGCUCUUCAGCACUGGAUUCUCGUUUGAGAAUCACCGAGAUGACGAUUUCUUCAACGAACCCUCGACUAUGCGGCCUCGAUUGACUGCUGCAGCCGCCAAAGAGGAUGGUUCCACAGAGCUACUUACGCCGCUGUCCUCAUCCUCGACAUACCAGGUGGUAGCCAAAGGACUUCCUGGCGCGACAAUCCAUUAUGCAGCACCAAGUGCUUGA